AUCCUAAAUUUCGAAGACUCAUUUUCCAAUGCUUACUUAGGCUGAUGCUGAAGAAACUGAACUAAGUCUACUCCUGAAGGAAUGCUUGGAAUCUGCAGUACGGAUGAACCUGUAUCCUAAAUCUUGUAUUGAUGUGUUUGUAACUGUACUAGAGGACGAUGGAGGUGUUCUUGCUGCAGCAAUAACUGCCACAGGUUUGGCGCUUUCUGAUGCUCAGAUUGGGCUUUACGACAAUAUCACUGGAGCUAGUGUUAGUAUUCAUGGUGAUGAAGUACUGAUAGAUCCAACCCUUGCUGAACUUUCCUCACAUCAAGGAGAAGAAGGGCAGGGAAAUAUAACAGUUGGAUAUCUGAACUCAUCUGAACAGGUUGUUUGCCUUGUAAGCCAGGGGGUUUUAAAUCCGCAGCAGUUUAACAAAGCUCUAGAUCUAGCCGUAAACCAGUGUGGAGUGUUGGUUCCAGCAGUUCAAGAAUGUCAGAUUGAAACCUAUCAGAAGAAAGUGGACAAGGAGCCGCAACCCUGAUUUUAAAAUGUUCAUAAACUCACCCUUUUCAAACUCUAUUUCUUAUUUUAUUACAGA